UGGGACGGAGAGAGGGAAGAUGGCGUCUCCGAGCUUCCCCACACCGCGGCACGGACACGUGGGCCGCGGCGCCUUCAGCAAUGUGUACGAGCCCGCGGAGGAUACGUUCCUGCUGCUGGACGCACUCGAGGCAGCAGCGGCCGAGCUGAGGGGAGUGGAAAUAUGCCUUGAAGUAGGGUCAGGGUCUGGAGUGGUAUCUGCAUUCCUAGCCUCUAUGAUAGGUCCUCAAGCUUUGUACAUGUGCACUGACAUCAACCCUGAGGCAGCAGCUUGCACUCUGGAGACAGCACACUGUAACAAAGUCCACAUUCAACCAGUAAUUACAGACUUGGUCAAAGGCUUACUACCAAGAUUGAAGGAAAAAGUUGAUCUUCUGGUCUUUAAUCCCCCCUAUGUAGUGACUCCACCUGAAGAGGUAGGAAGUCAUGGAGUAGAAGCCGCUUGGGCUGGUGGCAGAAAUGGUCGGGAAGUCAUGGACCGAUUCUUCCCACUGGCUCCAGAUCUUCUGUCACCAAGAGGAUUAUUCUAUCUGGUUACCAUUAAAGAAAACAAUCCAGAAGAAAUUUUGAAAACAAUGACAACAAGAGGUCUACAAGGGACUAUUGCACUUUCCAGGCAAGCAGGCCAAGAACUCCUCUCAGUCCUGAAGUUUACCAAGUCCUAACUUACUGUGUGUGCUGUGUAUUAUGCUGAUUUUAUAUAUUGAUAUAUAUAUUAUAUUGAAUAUAUAUGUGAAUAUAUAUAUAGAGAGAAACUGAAUGUAUUUCACAUAUUUUGAAACUGAAGUCAUUUCUUCGUUAACAAGUGAAAUUGUCAGGUUAUAUAGAAAAAGGUGGGAAGGGCAUUGCAUUCCCUUUUCCCCAGGUAAUCAAGCCUACAGAAAUAGUUGCAUAAGUGCUAGUAAAUGCAUAUAGAAUAUAUAUUAUUUGCAUUUUACAUAUAAAACCUGAACAUGAGUGAUGUAUCCAGUCACUAAACAUGAGUCAGGUCUGAAGGUGUUUCUAAUGUACUAUUGAGGGAAAAAAGCAAAUUACAAAAGGGUAUGAUCCUGUAUGUAUAAUUUUGAAACCCAGCAGAGAGGGUAUGUGUGUAUGUGAACAUCGGAACGUCUCAGAAGAUACAUGGCAGGAGGGAACGGGGGACUCUUGCUCUCUUAGCAUUUGCACAAUGAUAACGUAUGGCUUGUAUAAUUUUAAAAAGGUUUUCAUUUAAAAUUUUUUAAAAUUCACUUUCACUUGUUCAUUGUCUACAUUCUGUUUCUAUUAUUUAGAAUGCCUUCUGCCUCCAUGUUUCUCCCUGGUCAGAUUGUUCCUACCUUUUAUCCUUUGUCAUAUAUUUCUGUUUUCUUCUUGCCUAUAUGUGUAGGAUCAGAGUGAGUGGAAUCUAGAAUUUAUUUUUAAUUGGGCUACAUCCAGAAUCAACUGCAGAAGCUUUUUAAGAUUAUAAAUUCCUAAGCCCGACCAUAGACCCGUGGACUCCUCUGCUGAACAGACCUAAAAAUGGCAUCUUUUAAAACGUGCUUCCUAGUGUUCCUUAAGGUAGCACACCAAAUUUUAGAACUAUUUUGUUUUUUUUGUUUUUGAAGAUCUAUCUAUUUAUUUGACAGAGAGAGAGCACAAGCAGGGGGAGCAGCAGAGGGAGAGGGAGAAGCAGACUUCCCACGGAGCAGGGAGCCUGACACGGGGCUUGAUCCCAGGACCCCGAGAUCAUGACCUAGGCUGAAGGUAGACACUUAACUGACUGAGCCACCCAGGCGCCCCUAGAACUAUUGUUUUAAAUCACAUUCUUAUUUAAUGUUUAGGACAAUGUACAGAAAGAGUGGAAUUACCCUCCUUUGAAUUUCAGAAAGGUCAAAUAACUUGUUCAAAGAAGCACAGUAGUUAAAGGGUAAAGCCAGUAUGGCAGCACUCAGACAAAUCUGACUCCCAAACACUUUCUUUCAAUUUGCUUAUAUGGCUUUAAGCAGUAAAGAUGUCAAAAUUAGUAUUUACUUGAAUCUAAUAUCUGUAAAUAUAUUCCCCUUCCCAGAAAUAGUCAUCUGAAAUGUUACAAUUAAAAAAAAAAAGUCUAAAAAAACUUAGAACUUUAUUAUGGGUCUUUAGUUAUAAUUUUGGAGAAUGGGGUCUUGAAUAUUUUCAGAUAACAUUUGAAACACUUUAAAAUUCACAUAGAAGACGACUGUCAACAUAGGAGAUUAAAAACAUAGAAAUGCUACAUAAAUGACCCCAAAACUUCACAUGCAUAACUGUUAAUGGACUAAAUUGUGUCCCCCCCAAAUUCAUAUGUUGAGGUCCUAAUCCCCAGAACCUCAGAAGGUGAGUGUAUUUGAAGAUGGGCCUCAAAGAGAUAACUAAGAUUAAAGGAGGCCAUCAGGGUGGGUCCUGAUCCAAUCUGACUGGCCUCUUUACAAGAGAUUAGGACAUAGGGAGACACCAGGGAUGCUUACACACACAGAAGCAAACCACAUGAAACUCACUGAGAAGGCAGCCAUCUGCAAGCCAAGCGGGGAGACUGCAGAAGAAACCCAACCUGCUGACGCCUUGCUCUUGGACUUCAGCCUCCAGAACUAUGAGCAAAUAAAUUCCUGUUGUUGAAGCCACCCGGCCUGUGGUAUUUGUCAUAGUGGCCCUAGCACACUAAUACAGUGAUUAAAGACAGGGCAAUACCUGCAUUCUGCAAACAAGAGAGAGCAGUGCUAGCGUGAAAAGUGGAUGCUGUGUCCUGGUGGUCAGAACUGUGACCCGGAGCCUUCAGGAGGAGAGGUGCAGAUCCAGCUCUCUUCGUGUUCAGAAAGAGCUGUUAAAUACAGGAAGAAAGAGGACCUGUAAAACCACAUCAUUUAGCCCAAGGGAAGCAGCAAAACAAACCGUCAUACCCUGAAUGAAAAGAAAAAUAGUAAUAAUCUAUUACUAUUAUAGAUUGUGCUACCCUCUGUUGUAGGAUUUAAUUCAUCUUAUUUAUGUGAGGUAGGAACAUUAACAUGAAAAAGUCAACAUUAAAACUAUCUAAACCGUUGCUCACCAAGAAGCUACAAUCAAUGAGAGCAGAAAAAAAAAAAAAAAAAAAAAACACCUAAGGUAUAUAAACAGUGGAAUUGUUAUAUUCAGAUUGUGGAAUGUUUGACAUGUUUAAAGAAUUAACAUAAAGAAAAGCUCAUACAAGAAGAAACUGGAAAGAACAAAUUGAAGUCGACUUUUAAAAAUGAGAAAUAGAGACAUGGAAAUGCAUUAGUGUUAAUUUGUGCUUACCAAAAAAAAAAAAAAAAGAAAAAGAACAAGAACAAAAACAACAAACAGUAUUUUAAAACAAAGGAGUGAUAAUAUUCCAUUGCAAAAUUAAGUUAUAGUUCUUUUACUUUUUUUUUCUUUCUUUCUCACACUGGGAAGAAAAAGGAAUACAAAUUAAGAUAGGACUGAAAAAAGAAAAAUUUAGACAGGACUGAAAAGACUCAGGAAGAGAUUAAGAGAAAUAUAGCCAUGUUAGGAACCUUUAUGACUAAAUGUAAAUCAUUCUAUGUGUAGAUGUAGGAUGUGAUUCAUACAUAUGCUAAAAUUACUUUGCAUAUAAAAUAAUACAAUAAUACCAAUGCCUAUCUCCAUUCUGUUUUCAUUUUUCUUUUUAUGUAAACUUUGUAUUGAGGUGGAACAUAGAUUUAUAGAUUGUAUAUGUCUUAGGUGUCUAGCUUGAUGGAUUUUUAUGAAAUCAACAUCCAUUUAGACUACACCCAAAUCAAGAAAUAGAACAUGACCAGCAUUCCAGAAGCUCCACCAGAUUUCCUUCCCAGUCACCACCUCCCACUCACCAAGGGAAACCAUUGCUUGGCUUUUUGUGUUAGUUUUUUAUUUCUGCAUAACUAACAGCUCUGACUUUACUGCUAUUAGCACAAAUUUAAGGUCUCACAGUUUCUCUGGGUCAGCAGUGUGGGUAUAGUGAGCUGGAUUCACUGCUUAGAAUCUCACCAGGCUGUAGGAAAGGUGUUGGUCAUGGCUGUGAUCUCAUCUGGGGCUCAGGGUCCUUUUUCAUGUGGUCGUAGGACUAAAGUCACUUUUCUGGCUGUUGGCUAGGGAUAAUUCUCACCUUCUUCAGGCCUCUCUUGAAUCUUUGUACCAUGAUCACCUCCCCAGGCAGUUCACAAAAUGGUCGCUUGCUUCUUUAUGGCCAGCAGGAGAAUUUCUCAACCUUCCAAAUCUACAGUGAGAGCCUAGAAUCUCUUUGAAAGGGCUCAUCUGAUUAGGUCAAGUUCACCCAGUAUACUCUUCUGUUUAAUUAAUUAUCCGAACUCAACUGAUGAGGGACCUUAUGUAACCUAAUUACAGAGAGAAAUAAAGUCAUUCACAAGUCCUACCCACAGUCAAGGGAUGGGGAUGACGCAAUGCAUGUACACCUGUGGGAGUGAACCUUGCAGGCCAUCUUAGAAUUGUGUUAUGUUCCUUCUACUACAGAUCUGGUCUUCCUACUUUGAACCUGUAUUAGUGAAUCAUAUGAUAUAUACUCUUUGGUGUCUAGAUUCUUUCAUUCAGUAGUGUUUUUAUGAGAUUCUUCCAUGCAGUUGUGCACAGCAAUGAUUUAUUCAUUUUCACUUUUGUAUAUUCUUAUUACUUCCAUUGUAUGAAUAUAUCAAAAUUUAUCCAUUCUACUGUUGAAUAUCUGCAUUGCUUCUAGCUUUGUAUCAUUGUGACCACAUUUGUAUCUUUCAGCAAACAUGUAUGCAUUUCUGAUAAAUACAUACCUACCAGUUAUCUUCAGCUUUCAUAAAAAGUUU